AUGACCGACUUUCCUCGUCGGCCACCGCCCCACGACGGCCUGUCCUAUAUUCCGGACCGCCGCCCUCGUCGCGCGCUCUGGUCUUAUUGGCAGAUGAUUUUAUUCUUCCUCGUCUUUGUCAUCACCAUCUUCGGCCUCGCUCUCAUUCCCUUUGGCAUCUCCUCCAACGGCACGCCGCCGCCAAGUACCGGCCAUGGCCAUGAUGAUGACCAGCACACCCACGACCCGGAGCCCGAGCCUCACCCGGAGCCGCAGCCCACGGCAGCGCCGCAGCAUGAGAUGCCUUCCUCCCCUCGUCUCAGGGACCCUUCAGAGUACAUCCUCGACAUGGCGUGGGACUUUGACGCCGCGCCCACCACACGCGAGUACAACUGGACCAUCACCAACGCCGACCUCAACCCGGACGGCGUCUACCGUCCCAUGUACCUCAUCAACAACCAGUUCCCGGGGCCUCUUGUCGAGUGCAACGACGGCGACACCAUCAUCGUCCACGUCCACAACCAGGCCGUCAAUGCCACCGCCAUUCACUUCCACGGCCUCUUCCAGCACGGCACCAACUUCAUGGACGGCACUGUCGGCGUCACCCAGUGCCCCAUCGCGCCGCGCUCCUCCUUCACCUACACUUUUACCGUCCGCGGCCAGUCCGGAACCUACUGGUACCAUGCGCACCACAGCGCCCAGGCCUCGGACGGCCUGCUUGGCCCCGUCGUCAUCCACGUCCCCGACGAGCGCACCGCGCUGCAGGAGCUCGACUACGCCUCGGACCGCGUCAUCAUGGUCCAGGACCACUACCACAACCUCACCUCGGAGCUGCUCAUGGACUACCUCCAGCCCGACAUGGAAAACGACGAGCCCGUCCCGGACAAUGCUCUGAUCAACGGCCGCGGCCUCCGCGACUGCGCCGAUUUCCCGGGCUGGCGCUGCGACGCGAGCGACACCGCCCGCCCCGUGCUCGACCUCGCUCCCGGUCGCCGCCACCGGUUGCGCGUCCUCAAUGUCGGCGCCUUUGCUGAAUUCCAGAUCCAGUUCGAUGAGCACCCCUUUUACGUGACCGAGGUCGACGGCACCGACGUCCGCCCGGAGCCCUUUCAUCGCCUCAACAUCCUACCCGCCCAGCGCUACAGCGUCGUCCUCGAGACCAACGUCACCACCACCGGCGCCGACAGCUUUUGGAUGCGCGCCCGCAUGGUCACGCGCUGCUUCACCACCAAAAAUGAGCGCCUCGUCCCUGAGCUGCACGCCGUUCUUCGCUACCGGGCCGACCAUGGCAACGAUCCCGCCGCUGCUGCCGUCGUCCCGGAGCCCACCAGCAAGGACUGGCCCGAGUCAGUCGAGGUCAUUUGCCGCGACCUCAACGUGAGCGCCCUGCACCCCGUCGUCGCGCAGUCGCCGCCGCCCGCCGACGAGUUCGUCUUCCUCCGCGCCAACUUUAUGAUUGGCGACUGGGCGCUGGCCCGCGGCUUCUUCAACGGCUCCACGUGGCACGCCAAUACCACGCACCCGUCCCUGCACCGCUACCUCGACAGCUUCGCCGCGACCACUGCAGCAGUGUCUGGGCGGGAUGAGGACAAGUCCGCCUCCAUGCGCAUCAGCGACAAGGUCUUUAACCCGGAGCGCGACUUCGUCCUCGAGACCACCGGCGCACGCACCAUCGACCUCGCCAUCAACAACUUUGACGACGGCGCGCACCCCUUCCACCUGCACGGCCACAAGUUCUUCGUCCUCAUCCAAGGCCGAUCCGGCUACCCGCCCACCGCCGAUGAGCUGCCCGCGCACCUCGCGCGCCACGACCUCCUCGCCAACCCGCUGCGCCGCGACACCGUCACCGUCGAGGGCUACGGCUGGGUCAUUGUCCGCGUCGUCCUCGACAACCCGGGCCUCUGGGCGCUGCACUGCCACAACACAUGGCACGCGGAGUCGGGCAUGUUGAUGCAGCUGCUCGUCGGCAGCGACGAGGUCCGCCGCUGGACGCUGCCGGACGAGCAGCGCGAGCUGUGCGCGCGCGACGGCGUUGCGACGGGCGGCCGGCCGUCGGACGAUGUCUGGUUCGGCCACAUUACAAAGUAG